AUGGCUCACGUCAAGGAUGGCAGAGGGAGCGCUUCGUCCUCGAUCAGCAGCCUGGACUCCUUUAGGAGCUCUGCAGAAAAGGGAGCACUGCUAGACCUCGAAAGGGGCACAGCAGGAUCCACCGUCAAGCAAUCCCUUACUCUAUCUUCGCGUAUCCGCCAAUGGAUCGAUGGUCAUUAUAUCCUCACCAAGAAAGACCCGGAAGUUGUCCUUCCACAGGCUCCUAGCGACAAGGACAAGUAUGGCUACAUACAAACUCGUAGGCCCUUCUUCCUUGCCUUGGGCCUCUUUGCCUUCUUGUCCUCCAGUGCUGGUCUAUGGCUCUUCGCACUCUGUGCCAACUACUUCAUCUGGUAUGCACCUGUCGUAUUCGUCCUACAAGUCCAUAUCUUCUUGUCUUACGGACUUGGCGCAUGUGCAAAGGACUUCGACCUCAAGAAACAUAACGAGCUGCUGCAACAGUAUCCCGUCACAGGCAACCAUACUUCGGUUGACAUCUACCUCCCAGUCUGCAAAGAACCUCUCAUCGUUCUCCGCAAUACUUGGAAGCACGUCAGGAAAGUACAAUGGGCCCAUGGCACCUUGACCGUUCACGUCCUCGAUGACGGCGCCAUGGACGAAGUCAAGGCCAUGGCCGAAGAGUUCGGCUUCAACUACAUCCGACGUGACGACAGGCCAUACUUCCGCAAAGCUGGCAACCUGAGGUAUGCCUUUGCCAGGACUUCGGCAGACUUCUUCGUCAUCUUCGACGCAGACUUUUGUCCUCGACACGACUUCUUGAACGAAUUGAUGCCUCGCAUGCAACACGAUCCCAAGAUUGCCAUCAUACAGACACCGCAAUUCUUCAAGACGACAAAGGAGAAUACUUGGAUCGAACGAGGCUGCAGCGAAGUCCAAGAGCUCUUUUAUCGUUGGGCACAAGUCAACAGGGACCGAUGGAAUGCUUCCAUUUGCGUCGGGUCCAAUGCUCUGUAUCGUCGACAGGCCCUCGUUGAAGUCGGUGGCACUGCUCUUGUCGGCGCCUCCGAGGAUGUUCACACUGGAUUCUUUGCAAUUACUCGAGGCUGGACUCUCCGCUACAUUCCAAUCUGCCUUGCCGCGGGCAUCAGUCCUGAUACCCCUAGAGCCGCAUUCUCGCAGCAGAUUCGAUGGUCGCAAGGCUCAACUUCUUUGCUGUUGAACGGAGAAUUCCACAAGGCUCGCCUGGGCUUCAUGACAAAGGUGUCUUUCUUUAGUGGAAUGCUUUACUAUUGGACAACCUCAAUCUCGUGCUUUACGAUUCCACUACCUGGAUUACUCCUCGUUUGGUGCCGACCAGAGGUCGUCAGGUACUAUAACCUUGCUUUUGCGGCCCCUUCCCUCAUCUACGCUCUCCUCGUCUACCGCAUCUGGUCAGUGGGUGCGCACUCGGUCGCCACCGAGCAGAUUCGUGUACUUCAAGCCUACGCCUACUUAUUCGGUAUCAAGGAUCGCAUCCUCGGCAAGACGCAUGAAUGGGUCUCGUCAGGUGCGGGGGCAAAAUCCGGCAAGAAGACGAAUACCUACGCUAGGGCAAGAGCAUUCGCCACCUGCUGGACUGUUCUAUAUCAAAGCGCUUGGAUUUCAGGCGUUGCGUACCGCCUCAUCGCAAGAGACCUUUCAUGGUGGCAGGUCUUUCCUCAGAUCUUGCUCUACUCCUUUGACCUCUACGUCACCCUUCCUUUCUUGCUGACCCCGGCGUACUGAACUCAGGGACAUUACCCGUCUUCCCGGGAUUGCUUUUCCCAACAACGCUUAGGUUUGAGCCUCGACAGGUGCUGCAAAGGGGUCAUACUUCGGGGUUUUGUAUCCACUCAGAACUUAGCAGCAGCGAAUCAGGUUCGCAAGGUAAACAUCUCGUCUUGCAGAGAUCAGCCGAUUUCAUGUAUCAAGCUCCAUUCC